AUGCCGCUCGCCAAGUCGCGACAGCCUGUUGCAUUCACUUCGACUUCAUCAGCGCAUCCGACCACAACUUCAGUUCGAUCCAGACCGACGACCACCACUGCCGCAGCUGCACCACAGACAGCAAGUCCGGCACUGCAGCUUGAGCUGCCACCGCCACUUCCGACCAUCACUGAGCUCCAAAUUACGCACCGCAUUCAACCGUCGCCUCAGCUUAUCGCGCGGCGCCUCGUCUCUCUUGCGCGCUCUUUCCUUUCGCUUCAUCCAAAUGAUGCUACGCCUGAUCCACUAGAUUGGGAGCUGGACCUGUGCUCUGCGACCUUCUUCGCCAUUUAUGCUGUCUGCCUCGACCCGCCUUCCACCGCGGCUCGCAGAACACUGGCAAGAUGCGCUCGUCUUGGCGGCUUUAACAUUGUUCUUCCAUUCAGCCCUUCCGGAAGUGCCGCUUCUGCAUCUGUAUCGGCUGCCAAACUCAGCUCUCAGGAUCCUCAUGAUCUCGCAGGCGCUCAAGCUUGUAUUCACAUUCUCCAACAAGGCUCAGCCGCCACCUUCCAGGAUGCUGGAAGCGCAAGGGAGUAUCGAGAUGCCUCUCGCACCCUUUCUAGGUCAUCAGAUGCUAUUCAGGUGGCAGACAUUCUCAAAGACAAGGUGCUGGGCAAACGCAAAGCUAUAGAUAUAUCUCGUCAAGAUGUUACUUUGCCUCAACUCAUCUCGACGCAGUCUCGUUUUCACUCUCAAUUGCAGACCGAUGACGGCUACCAAGCGGCCAGUCGAGAUCGCACCGACGACGCACGAUCCAGCUUCUGCAAGGCCCUCGAGCAAGACCCUUUCAACUGGCGGGCCUGGACUGGACUUUGCGAUACAGGCUAUGGCGCUGGCUCUGCUGACAAGCACUUCGGCGACUCAACUCUAGAACGGCUCUAUACCAACCUCGUCAUAGAAGUGCAGACACCGUAUUCGUCCAUGGAAGCAGCUCUCAGGGUAUCAGCGCCCUUUUCGACCGAGCAACCUCAACCCUCCACUAUGAUCCGCAAAGUAUCCGAAGAUGGCUCCAACAAGAAGCUCAGGGUCUCGUCAGAGGUGCCUCCUCUUCCGACGUUAGGAGCUGCUGCGGCUGCCCGCUAUGGUGCUGCCUCCAAGCCUAUGGACAAACUCACUCCUCCCUUGCCAACCACUUCAGCUAGCACCGUCACAGCCACACGCCUGCAUCCAGCUUCUCGAGCUCUCUCCGCUGCACAGACCAACACCCACCAUCUCGAGCCCAUGUCUACUGAUCAGGACGACGUCAAAGCUUCCAAAGUCGGCACUCUAGCUACUCGUCCCACUCGCACUACUACCGUGCGCACUGCCGCCGUGUCAAAUCCUGCAACGAGCCAGAAUGGUCGACCAUUGCGCUCCACUCGCGGCAAUUCCACUGCUCCCGUAUCCGGUGCUGCUACACGUGCUGGUGCCGCUCCCAGCAGAGCAGGAGUAACAAGUGCAGCUGGCAGCGUCUCAUCCACUUCAUCAGGCUCGUCCACUUCGUCCAUAUCGUCUCGUACGACUGUCACGACAGCUCGAACUGCCGUCUCCACACGCAGAGUCGCUACGUCAGCGCCGAAUCAAGCUCCGUCCCGUAACCGAGCCACCAAACCGGCUACCGCAACGAUUCGGGCAAACACCACAAAUGCUACAGCCCCGUCCACAAAGCGGACGACGGCGACAACAGCAGUCCGUCCCACGGCAUCCUCUACCGCGGGCAGCCUUAGUCGUCCAGGAAGCGCCAUGUCGAAAGCCAGCUCCACCUCAAUGAGUGGUCCGAGCUCGUCAGCGCGUACUAACGGAGCCCUCGCCUCGAGUCGAACAGCGGCCGAAGCAAUGCGUCAGAAGGAGGAGAACGACGUCAGGCUGAAGCUCGCCCAGUUGUCGUCUCUCCGAGAGACUUGCCUUCAGCAACUCACUACUCUGGCACACCAGCACGCGGCAGACAGAUACGUCCUGGCUCUACUGGCGCAGGUCGGAGAAGCAUACCGACUUUUGCGUGUAUGCGAAGGCGACAAAGCUGCUGCUGUGCUCUUACAGCCUGUGCUUGCGGCAUUUGGCGCUGGGUCAGACGGGAAAGCCGAGAAGAGUCAACUUCAGUUAAGCGAUGCGGCUGAAGAAGGCUCGCUCGUCACCCCGUUCAAAUCCGAAGCUUCCCGCUUAAUCGACCUUCAAGUUAAAGACAGCCUACUUCAACACCUUCUCUUGGGUCGAAGCUACGCCGAAAGCUCACAGUACGCCUCUGCCGAGACCCACUUUACCGCCGCUCGCAAGCUCAACCCGUGCAUUGCCAGCCAUAUGGAUGUCUAUUCUCUCGUCCUCUUCCAUCUCUCGCGCGAGGUCAAACUGUCCGCGCUCGCACAGCACUUGGCUAUGGUUGCUCCUGGCACUGCCUCCACUCACAUUGUCGUCGGCAACGCCUUUUCAUUGCAAAAAGAGCAUCAGACGGCUUUAGUCUGCUUCCAACGCGCCGCGGCGGCAGCACCGGAAUACGCCUACGCUUUCACGCUCGCCGGUCACGAAGCACACGAUCUGGGCCUGCAUGACGAAGCAAUCGCAUACUUCCGUAGCGCCAUUCGAUGCGACCGUCGACACUGGAACGCAUGGGCUGGUCUUGGCCGAGUCUACCUUGGUAUAGGUGAACACGAACACGCAGCAUGCAAGAGUCUGCAACAGGCCAUCCACAUCAAUCCUGGCAACCACAUCUUGUGGGACCUAGUCGGAUGGACAUUCUCGCUCAUCAAUGCACCAGCCAAAGCACUCGAGUGCUACGAUCGAGCAAUCGAGCUAGCACCUUCCGCAUCCGUGUUGACAUACUUACGUCGGGCAGAGUUGCUACUGCAACAUGGAGAUACGGAGUCGAGCCACAGAGAUCUGGUCCGAGCGCACGACUUGGCACCGGAGGAGGCGAGCAUACACAUCCUGCUUGCUCAGUCGUACAUGCGGUUGGGCGGAGGAGCAUUCUGUCAUCUCGAAAGCUCUGGUGCUGGUGGAUCAGGUGCAGCAAAAGCAAGUGCAGCACGACGAGUGUCAGGCGUCAUGGCGCUACCAUCCGCGUUCCAAGCUGAGAUUACACACCAUCUCAGUGUAGCCAUCGACUUGGACCCUUCAGUGCUGCGAGUAGUCAAAAGCAUCUGCGAAGGAUACAAGACUCUCCCGGGAAGCAAGUUGAGCAUCCAUCCUCACGAUCUCACUUCAGCUUCGUUUAGUCAGUCCCAUCUCUCUAUGGCCGAUUCCGGGACGUACAACCGAUCAGGAAUGGAAAGCGAGAGUCAAGCUGUGGAUAGUCAAUUGCAGAUGGGAGGACAUAGUGGAGAUGCACACCGAAGCUACAGCUAUAGCAGAGGAAGUGGGAUGGCGGUCAACUCAACUCCGCAGCAUUCGCAUAUGCAUACAGGGAUCAGAGUCCCAUCCGACUUUGCAAACAGUCAUCCACCAUCUGGUGUCUACGACUCCAGCAGCUUCUUGAGCAUUACAACGCCUCUUCAUAGUGGGAAUAACAUUGUGUUGGAGGAUGCGGAAGUGUCAUCAUAA